CUUCCUUCCUGUUGAAGCAAAGAGUUGCCAAAUUUGUGUGGGUUUCUCUUCUGUCAAAAUCCUUCAAUGAGAAUUCCAGUACUCUUUUCAUGCCUUUUCUUGAUCUUCAUAUUCUGCAUCUCUAUGUCGUCUGGACAGAAGGAUGAUGACAUAUACUUCUUCCCAGACUUCUCCCAAUGUCUUGGAGAUGAGCAAUCCUUGUUGCUCCAGUGGAAGAACAGCCUCGUAUUUGACAAUGCUUUAUCCACAAAACUGGUGUACUGGAAUCAAAGUGUCGAUUGCUGUUCAUGGGAAGGCGUAAUUUGCGACGGGAGUCGUGUUAUCAUCCUCGACCUGACCAAUGAAUCCAUCUCAGAUGGGCUCGACAAUUCAAGCAGCCUCUCAUGUCUUCGGUCUCUCCAAUACCUGGGUUUGGCUUAUAACAAGUUGAAAACAUUUCCUCACUUCUUGAGAAAUCAAUCUGCAUUAUUAGCUCUAGACCUUUCAAACAAUGAGAUUCAUGGGGAGAUACCAAAUUGGAUUUGGAAUCUUCCUUAUCUCUACACAUUGAAUCUCUCGUAUAACUACCUGAUGACUUUAGAUUUGCCUUUACUCGGCAUGUCUAAUUUGAGAGUCUUAGACCUUCACUCCAACCAACUUCAAGGGCAACUCUUGGCUUUCCCAAAACAUGCUAUAUACUUGGAUUUUUCGAGGAAUAAUUUCAGCUCUGUCAUACUACCUAGCAUUGGUAAUUCAUUUGGUUUCACUUCUUUCCUCUCUCUUUCAAGCAAUAAAUUUUAUGGGAGCAUCCCUGAAUCAAUAUGCAAUAUUACAAAUCUUCGUCUUCUAGAUUUGUCUAAUAAUUCAUUGAGUGGUACAAUUCCCCAAUGCCUAUUUAAGAUGAGUGAGUCUCAUGACGUCAUGUGGCAUCGAGGUUUAGGAGUGUUGAAUCUAAGGAAAAACAAUCUCACUGGUGUAAUUUCUAAUUCGUUUCCAAGAAAUUGUAGCUUACAAACUUUAUAUCUCAAUGAUAACCAACUGCAAGGAAAGCUGCCAAAAUCUCUGGCUAGAUGCACAUCUUUGGAAGUUUUAGACCUCGGGAACAACCAAAUCGAGGAUGUAUUCCCAUGUUACUUGAAGAACAUAUCUAUGUUGCACAUUCUUGUUCUACGAUCUAACAAAUUUUACGGGCCCAUUGAUUGUCCAAUGCCUAAUGCUUCGUGGUCAAUGCUUCAAAUUGUAGACCUAGCUGCAAACAGUUUCACUGGUAAGCUUCCAAUAAAAUACUUUUCUGAUUGGAAGGUAAUAACGGAUGAAAGAAAUGAGGCCCAAUAUCAGGUUAGUCCCCUCCGAUUUGUGGAUAAUUCCUCCUUUUAUGCUUUUACUAAUUAUGGAGUUGCUAAGAUUGGUUUUGGGCAACCUUAUAGUUAUGAAGAUGUGGUGAAUAUUUAUUAUCAAAAUAUGGUUACAAUUACCAUCAAAGGUGUCCAAGUAGAGCUGGUGAAGAUCCUAACUAUAUUCGCCUCCCUUGACUUCUCAUGUAACCAUUUUGACGGGCAUAUACCUAGAGAAAUAGGAGAACUCAAAUCACUACGUAGCCUCAACUUGUCUCAUAAUGCUUUCACUGGGCAAAUGUCACAAUCUCUAGGAAAAUUGACUUAUCUUGAAUCAUUGGACUUGUCAAGCAACAAGUUUACUGGUGAGAUUCCUGUCCAACUUGCAGAAGGUCUUAUUUUCCUAUCAUUCCUUAACCUUUCAUUCAAUCAAUUGGGGGGAAAUAUUCCACUGAUCAAACAAUUUGCAACUUUUUCGAAAAGUUCCUAUGAAGGAAAUAUAGGAUUAUGUGGCUUUCCUUUGAAAGAAAAAUGCACACAUGAAGAGUCGGAAUUGUCACAUCCAACAUCUAAAGAAACACAUUCGGAUUUUGGGAGAAGAAUUGAUUGGAACUUCUUAAAUGUUGAAUUUGGAUUUAUUUUUGGCUUUGGGAUUGUUAUUUGGCCUCUUAUGUUUUGGAAGAGGUGGAGGAUAUGCUACUUCCAACUUGCUGAUGAUAUUUUUUUCAAGAUGUUCCCUCAGCUUUAUAUUAGAAAAUCGUGGAAGACAAGCACACAUAAAUCAGAAACAGGGGCAUUAGUGAUAGCUACAAGCAAUGCAGUCAGGUUUGACUAG